AUGGACACCGCACAGCCCUCUGUACGCUCAUAUAGCCCUGCGAAUCCAAAUGGCCCCUUCCCAUACUCGUCGGCGGACAUGACGCCAAUGGACCCAGGUAACGACGCUGCGUUCUAUGGCCCACCACGAUUUGUCACUCACAUCGACAACAACGCCAUAGCCAAGCUCAAGGGCUACUACGACGCCGAAUUGCCAAGGAAAGGCACGAUAUUGGAUUUCUGCUCCAGCUGGAUCUCGCACUAUCCACCGGACGUGUUCAACCUGGCCAAGAAGCGUGACGAGCACCAGUCUAAAAGCGAGGCUCAACCAGGACAGGCGACUGUAGGAACUACCGGUAGUGAAGAUCUCGUCGUCCUAGGCACAGGCAUGAACCAAGCUGAAUUGAAAGCGAACCCUAUCCUCUGGCAAUUCUCCGUCCAGGAUCUCAACACUGAUCCAGAAGUACACCUGCCCGCAGAGCAAGGACUACAGCUAGACGCAAGCACUUGCGUCGUAAGCAUCGACUACCUGACGAAACCAGUGGACGUCUUGUCCAGUAUACGGCAGCAAACGAAACAGGGCGGAACAGUCCAUCUAGCUAUUAGCAACAGGUGCUUCCCUACUAAAGUCGUAGGAAGAUGGUUAAAGAUCGACGAGCAGGAGAGGCUGGAAAUGGUGGGAGAUUAUUUGCAUUGGGCUGGGUGGAAGGAGAUAGAGAUUGUGGAUGUGGUUAAGACUGGAUUCUUUACUGAUCCGUUGUGGGUUGUGAGGGCGAAGAAGUUGUAA